AGAUUUCAGAAGAGAACUCGAAAAUCUCGAGCGGGAAGAACUUGGAUACUGGUUUCUGUCUGAGAAUCUCGGAUUGAGCAUUUAGUAAAAGAACAUGAGCAAUACCAUACGCCAUGGCUUACUCCAUCAAUCUCUUUGCCGGCCUACUACUGCAGAGCAUCAAAGUAAAACCAAUUCACCAGGAGUCUCCAUAAACGCUCUGUUCCAGGCCUCUCCGGCAAAACAAGGAACGAUUCAGUUGUCAAAGUCCCUAAUUUGCACUAAAUUCCGAGAGAACAAUCUUAAGGUGCCAAAGACAGAUAUAAUUAAGGGAAGGCUCAUGGUUGCUGCUGUUCCACGUGCAGUAUUAACCACAGAUCCUGCUUCCGAGCUUUCAAGAAAAUGCAAUCUUGAUGGAAAUUCUGAACUAAAGAUUGGUGUUAGUACUCAUAAUCAGGGGAAGGGCUUCCAAAUAGAUAUUCAAGUUACAAAUAUCUGUGAUUCUCUAGUUCUUCACUGGGGUGGUGUUUCUUAUGAGAAAAAGGACUGGGUGCUUCCUUCUUGUCGACCUGAUGGAACUAAUCUAUACAAGAACAGAGCUCUUAGGUCCCCUUUCUCGAAGUCUGGUUCAGAUUCCCUCCUGAAAAUAGAGAUUAAUGAUCCACAAAUACAAGCAAUAGAGUUUCUUAUACUUGACGAGGCACGAAAUAAAUGGUUCAAAGAUAAUGGGGACAACUUUCGUGUCCAAUUAGUGGGAAGGGACAAACAAAUUGCAGUUGAAUCAGUCCCAGAAGACCUUGUACAGACUCAAGCUUAUUUGAGAUGGGAAAGAAAGGGUAAACAAAUGUAUACUCCAGAGAAAGAAAAGGAGGAAUAUGAAGCAGCCCGGGCUGAACUAUUGGAUGAAAUAGCCAGAGGUGCAUCUGUAGAAGAAAUUCGAGCAAGACUGACAAAAAGUGAUGAUAAAUCCACAACUAAAGAUUCCAAUGUUCCUAAAAGUAAGAGCAAGAUACCUGAUGAUCUUGUACAAAUACAGGCUUAUAUACGAUGGGAGAAAGCAGGAAAACCCAACUAUUCACCAGAUCUGCAACUUAAAGAGUUUGAAGAAGCCAGAAAAGAGCUGCAAGCCGAAUUAGAUAAGGGUUCCUCUCUUGAUGAAAUACGAAAGAAAAUUGUCAAAGGAGAGAUCCAAACUAAAGUUUCCAAGCAGUUGGAGAAGAAAAGAUAUUUUACUGUUGAAAGGAUUCAGCGCAAGGAAAGGGACUUUAUGCAGCUUCUGAAUAAAUAUACUGCUAAAUCUGUGAAAGAAAAGGUUUCUGUCCCUCCACAGUCCCCAACAGCAGUUGAGCUUUUUCUGAAGGCUAAGGGAGAGCAAGAUGGUGGAACCAUCCUAAAUAAGUUAUUUUUUAAGCUUGGUGAUAAGGAACUUAGGGUAAUUGUGACCAAGCUUUCUGGUCAGAUGAAAAUAUAUCUUGCUACCGAUCUCAAAAGUCCUCUUGCCCUUCAUUGGGCUUUAUCAAGAAAAGCUGGAGAGUGGGUGACGCCACCUCCAAGCUUGAUGCCCCAAGGUUCAGUUUCACUAGACAAGGCUUGUGAAACACAAUUUGCAGAGAGCUAUUAUGGUGAACCUUCUUGCCAGGUGCAAUGCUUAGAAAUCGAGAUUGGUGAAGAAAAUUUUGUUGGGAUGCCAUUUGUGCUACUAUCUGGUGGUAACUGGAUAAAGAAUAGUGGCUCUGACUUUUAUAUUGAUUUUGCUAUUGGACCAAAAAAGGUUAAAAAGGAUGCUGGUGAUGGCAAAGGUACUGCAAAGGCUUUGUUAGACAAAAUAGCGGAGAUGGAGAGUGAGGCCCAAAAAUCUUUUAUGCAUAGAUUUAACAUUGCAUCGGAUUUGGUAGAGUGGACCAAAGAUGCUGGAGAAUUGGGUCUUGCUGGGAUCUUUGUGUGGAUGAGGUUUAUGGCCACAAGGCAGCUCAUAUGGAAUAAGAACUACAAUGUGAAGCCACGUGAGAUCAGUCAAGCUCAAGAUAGGCUUACAGAUUUGCUUCAGACUGCAUACAAAAGUGACCCUCAAUACCGGGAAAUCUUGCGGAUGAUCUUAUCUACUGUAGGCCGUGGAGGUGAAGGAGAUGUGGGCCAGCGCAUCCGAGAUGAGAUCCUGGUCAUUCAGAGUAAAAAUGAUUGCAAGGGUGGAAUGAUGGAACAAUGGCAUCAAAAACUGCAUAACAACACAAGUCCUGAUGAUGUUGUAAUCUGUCAGGCACUUAUUGAUUAUAUCAAAAGUGAUUUGGACAUCAAUACUUAUUGGAAAACCCUGAAUUCAAAUGGAAUAACAAAAGAACGCCUUCUAAGUUAUGAUCGUGCCAUACGUUCUGAGCCGGAUUUCAGGAGAGACCAGAAGGAUGGUCUUUUGCGCGAUUUGGAACAUUACAUGAGAAGUUUGAAGGCAGUUCAUUCAGGUGCCGAUCUUGAGUCUGCUAUUUCCAACUGCUUGGGCUACAGUGCUCAGGGCCAAGGCUUCAUGGUGGGGGUGCAGAUAAACCCUGUGCCUGGAUUGCCAUCUCUACUUCCAGGACUGCUGCAAUUUAUUGUGGAUCACGUUGAAGAGAAAAAUGUGGAACCACUUCUUGAGGGUUUGGUGGAGGCUCGUGAGGAGCUUCGACCUCUACUUCUUAAUUCUCAUGAUCGUCUGAAGGAUCUUCUAUUUUUGGAUAUAGCCCUUGAUUCCAUGGUCAGGACAGCCACUGAGAGGGGAUAUGAGAAGCUGAAUGAUGCUGGACCCGAGAAAAUUAUGUACAUCAUCACUCUAGUUCUUGAAAACCUCGCUCUUUCAUCAGAUAAUAAUGAGGAUCUGGUCUACUGCUUAAAGGGAUGGAAUCAUGCCCUCAGAAUGUCGAGGAGUAGAGAUGAUUACUGGGCUCUAUUUGCAAAAUCUGUCCUUGACAGGACUCGACUUGCUCUUUCAAGCAAGGCAGAGCUUUACCAUCAAAUUCUGCAACCAUCUGCAGAGUACCUUGGUUCGCUGCUUGGAGUUGAUCUACAGGAUGUAGAAAUAUUUACUGAAGAGAUUAUUCGUUCUGGGUCAGCUGCUUCCUUGUCACAACUUCUUAACCGAUUUGACCCUAUUCUUCGGAAGAAGGCCAAUCUGGGAAGUUGGCAGAUUAUCAGCCCAGUUGAGACUGCUGGGUAUGUUGUAGUUGUUGAUGAAUUGCUUUCUGUCCAAAAUAAAACUUAUAGGCAGCCUACAAUUCUAGUAGCGAAAAUUGUAAAGGGAGAGGAAGAAAUUCCAGAUGGUACAGUUGCUGUGCUGACACCUGACAUGCCUGAUGUCCUAUCUCAUGUCUCCGUGAGGGCAAGAAAUAGCAAGGUGUGCUUUGCUACAUGUUUUGACCCCAACAUUCUGUCUGACCUCCAAGCAAAAGAAGGGAAGUUGUUAAGCCUUAAACCUACUUCAGCGGAUGUAGUCUAUAGUGAGGUGAAGGAUGGCGAACUGUUGAACACAAGCUUAACAAAUAUGGAGGAGGAUGGGUCUUCUCCAUCUUUAACUUUGGUCAGAAAGCAGUUUUGUGGGAUAUAUGCAAUAUCAUCAGAAGAGUUUACCAGUGAAAUGGUAGGUGCUAAAUCACGUAAUAUUGCAUACUUGAAAGGCAAAGUGCCAUCUUGGGUGGGAAUUCCAACGUCGGUUGCCCUACCAUUUGGUGUUUUUGAGAAGGUUCUGUCAGAGAGUUCAAACCAGGCUGUAGCUGACACGUUACAGUCCAUGAAGAAACGGUUAGGGGAAGGAGAGUUCAGUGCACUUGGUGAGAUUCGCAGGGCAGUGUUGCAGCUUGUAGCCCCACCUCAGUUGGUGCAAGAACUCAAGAGUAAGAUGCAAAGUUCAGGGAUGCCUUGGCCUGGUGAUGAAGGGGAGCAAAGAUGGGAUCAAGCUUGGAUGGCAAUAAAGAAGGUCUGGGCUUCAAAAUGGAAUGAAAGAGCAUACUUCAGCACUCGGAAAGUGAAACUAGAUCACGAAUAUCUCUGCAUGGCUGUCCUGGUUCAAGAAAUAAUUAAUGCUGAUUAUGCGUUUGUCAUCCACACCACAAACCCUUCAUCUGGAGAUUCAUCAGAGAUAUAUGCCGAGGUGGUGAGAGGACUUGGAGAAACUCUUGUUGGAGCUUAUCCUGGUCGUGCGCUAAGCUUUGUCUGUAAGAAAAGUGAUCUUAACUCUCCAAAGCUAUUGGGUUACCCAAGCAAACCCAUCGGCCUUUUUAUAAGACGAUCGAUUAUUUUCCGCUCUGAUUCCAAUGGUGAAGAUCUAGAAGGUUAUGCAGGUGCAGGCCUUUAUGAUAGUGUUCCAAUGGAUGAAGAAGAUAAGAUUGUGCUCGAUUACUCUUCUGAUCCACUGAUCAUUGAUGGUGACUUCCGCCAUUCAAUCCUGUCAAGCAUUGCACGUGCAGGAAGUGCAAUUGAAGAGCUGUAUGGGUCUCCGCAGGACAUUGAAGGUGUAGUAAGGGAUGGCAAGAUAUAUGUCGUUCAGACAAGACCACAGAUGUGAUUAAAGAGUUCUGCUUUACAGUUUUAUUUUUAUUUUUUUUUAUAAGGAUCAUAUUCAUAUUUGUCAUUGCGUCUAGGAAACCCUAGGCAUUCGAGGAAAAAAUAUCAAGGCGACGCAAACUAGGUGC